ACUGCUGCUGUUCUGCCUCCAGGAUCACAUGAUUGUUUGGUUUAGUGUUGUUUAUUUGCCAGACAGGAAAACACACAGGUCACUGAGUGGUGUCCAUCUUGUGUGAUUUGGGCUCCAUCAACAUGUCUGGCAGGCUACAAUCCCUGGUAAAUGAUUUAACUGAGAAAAGUCAUGAACUCAGCUCUGGUCCACCAGCACUGCGGCGUCUACACACACAAAAAUUUACUCUAGAUGAGUGUGACAAAAUCAGAAGGUGGACAUUUGGACAGAAACAUCCUACCAAACUAAACAAAACGAUCCUGCUAGUGGGAGAAACUGGAACAGGCAAGACCACUCUGAUCAACACCAUGUCCAAUUACUAUCUGGGGGUGAAGUUUGAGGAUAAUGUGUGGUUUGAGAUCACAGAAGAACAAAAGACAGGUCAAACUGAAUCUAAAACAUCUGAGAUCACUGUGUAUGAGAUCUUCUCUGAACAGAAAUCCUUCUCUCUCUCCAUCAUCGACACUCCAGGAUAUGGAGACACCAGGGGAAUGGAAAAGGACAUGGAAAUCCCGACAAAUCUGUAUAAACUGUUUCUACAUGACACUGGAGUGAAGAGUCUGGAUGCUGUGUGUCUUGUGUUGAAAGCAUCUCAGAACAGAAUCUCAGAGAGACAGCGUUACAUCUUUGAUGCAAUUCUCUCCUUAUUUGGUAAAGACAUAGGAGAGAAUGUAGUCCUUUUUAUUACAUACUCAGAUGGAGGUCCACCUAAAGAUGUUCUGGAAGCUGUUGAGAAAGAAAAGAUCCCCUCCUGCCGCGACGCUGAGAACGAACCUGUUCACUUCCUAUUCAACAACCGUCAGCCUGAGAAACACACAGCCAAAUAUCAGCGUGUGUUCAAAUCAUCUUGGGAAAUGGGAGAAAGCAGUCUGGAGGAGUUUUUUGAAUUCCUGAAAUCACAGCAGAGUAAAAGCUUAACUCUGACUCUCAGCGUUCUGAAGGAGCGCAUGCAGCUUGAGGCCUGUGUUCAGAGUUUGAAGGAACACAUUAAGUUCACUGAGCAAAAAUUGAUUGAACUGACUAUGAUUCAGCUAGCGCUGCAAAUGUACAAAGAAAAGAUUAUGAUGGAUGAAAAUUUUCCUUUCUCUAUCAAGAAAGUUUACAAAAAGAAGGUGCCCAUCACUCGAGGCUUAUGGUUCAAUCGCAAAGUGACAGCCUGCAGCGAGUGUCAGGAGAACUGCCAUCUCUAUUGCAUCAUGAUUGCCAAUAGUGCCAGGAGCUGUGAGGUAAUGAAGAAAGAUUACUGCACCGCGUGUGGGUGUUACACCUCCAAACAUGUCAGAGAGGGCAAGAAAUACAAAACUUUUGAAAAAAACGAAACAGUCACAUUUGCAGACCUGAAGAGGACGUUGCAUACUGAAAAAAAAAAUGUUACAUAUGACAGCGAGAAAUACCAACAUGUGGUCACAAAGCACCAAGAAAAGCUGAGCAAGAAAGAAGAAAUGACCAACGUGGAAAGAAGCCUGAAAGUGCUCCUGGAUGAGAAUGAAAAACAACAGAGGAACUCAGUGAAAAAUGCCUGCCAGGCAAUCAUCAAACUGUGUGACUGUGCACUAAAACCAGACUCCGCCUUCACCCUUCGACAUCUAGACUUCUUGAUUCCCCGACUUGAAAAAGCUGGAGAAUUGGAGUCCGCUCAGAGGCUGAAGGGCAUACAGAAACAUCUGCCCCAGGAAUCAUCCUACUCUGUGCUGGGUUAUUUCAGCAGGCUGAAAGUUAAUAAGUAAAAAAAAAACCUAAAAAAGAAAAAACUGUUCACGUUUAAUAUACAUGAUAAUUUCUUUAAUUUUUCAAUAUAUAUCAAAGUAACCUAAUGCUUUGUGUGCCAGCACAUGCAAAAGUGAUGCCCAACCACUAGGGGCACUGGUUGGCUUCCAGUGUAUUGAAACUACUGUGUUUAUAGGCCAUGAAAGUACAGCAUCAAUAGUUGGUAGAGCUUAGAUUCUCUGCCCGAACCCGACCUGACCCGAGGCCCGACCAGAAAUCGGGUCGAGAUUUCCCACCACAUUCCUCGGGCAGGGUCGGGUCGGGCUCCAGAAAAUAGUCUGAGAUGUAGGCAUCUGUUUUUUAAUUAUAUUUGUAUUUUUAAAUAAAAUAACGAAAAUAACGAAAACUGAAAGUGAAACUAAACUAUUUUAUUUAUAAGCUGUUAUCACUCCCGCGGUUGUACAGCAGGGGGUGUUGCGCCGAUUCUGUCCGCAAAGCGGGAGUCGGAUUCAGUAGCGGAUUCGGCACCUCGCGGUCCGCGGUGUUGUAAGCGCUGGCGCUAGCCACAAAAUCCGACAGAAAACACAGAGAAAGCUGCAGAAUUAUGUAUGGGACUAGAAUAUGAGCACGAGGAGAUAAAAGAGAACCUUUACCUGUGAGCAGCUCACAUCAGAACACGCAAAUCCUCCGCGUUUGACCUGCAGCACUGUGUUUAGCUGUUCUUAAAAAUCAUUUUAAUUAAAUAAUAGUUCUAUGCUUCUAUGUUACAGUGUUAUUAGCUUAAUUCUGAUCAUAUUUCGCUCAUUCAAACAGCCCGAAAACAACCAGUUUAUGGGACGGGUCGGCUCGGGCUCAUAAUGACAGUUUAUGGUUCGGGUCGGGUCAGGCUCGGGCAGAACAUGCAUGGGCUCGGGCUGGGUCGGGUUGGAUUUUUUGGGCCCGAUCUAACCUCUAAUAGUUGGACUCUGAGUUGGGCUCUGAGUGAUUAAGCAGACUAAGCCGCUGCCACUACGAUCCAGGGAUCGUGGGUUCAAAUCCCAGGCAUUGCCCUUUGCCAUCAGCAGCCGGAGUCUGAGAGAGCACAACGGGACAUGUUCUCUCUGGAUGGGUAGAUGGCACUCUCUCCUCACAUUACUCCCAAUGUAAUGUCGUCAGCACAGGCAUCUGUUAGCUGAUGUAUCAGAGCUGGGUCGCAGCACUUGCCUCUGAAUGUGCUAUGAUGCUACCAGGUAAAGUUAUAUCAACGGCAAUUGAAAAAGAAGAGGAGGUAUUUAAAGGGAUGUAAAAGGAUCUCAGAACAAUAUGACAUUAGCCAUUCCAUUGUCCGGAAGAUUAUUUACAAUAAAACAAACGGUGACUCUUCAGCCCAAGCUGAUAUCAAGGUACUAUCAGAAGAGACCAAACAAAUUAUUUUUUGGGAGGUGUGAAAAAGGAAACUCUUAGUAUAAAAUAAUAAACAAAGUCAGCCAGAAAACAUAUAGACAAAGAGCGGAAUUCUGGAACUUCGUAUAAACUCAUGGUAUACAAACUGUGUAUUCUUCCCCUGUAUAAGGGAAAACAAUUUUUAUCUCAAAUUAUCUCUGUAUUUCCCUCACAUUAUUUUGUAACCUUUUGUAUGCUAGGGGAAAUUAAUGAAUGAAAACCUUGAAUUUUACUGCUGUUUAAUUUAAAGAUUUAACCAUCAGAAGGCGACAUACUAACAGCUUAUAUGAGGUGUGAAAGCACUGUAUCUUUUUCAUUAUUUUGACCAUGUCUCACUUUCUGCAAAUAAAUGCUCUGAAUAACAA